AUGGCAGAAACGAGUGAGGCCAAGGCGAGCGCCUCCGCUCCCGGCGGCGACGCUGGAGGAGAGGAGGACAAACGGGAUGAGAGGAUGUUGGAAUGUAACAUCUGUCUUGACACAGCACGAGAUGCAGUCGUCAGUAUGUGUGGACACCUCUUCUGUUGGCCAUGCCUGCACCAGUGGCUGGAAACGAGGCCAAGCAGACAAGUUUGUCCAGUAUGCAAGGCAGCUAUUAGUAGAGAAAAGGUUAUUCCACUGUAUGGCCGAGGCAACACUAAACAAGAGGAUCCCAGAAAUAAGGUCCCUCCGCGGCCGGCCGGGCAGCGCUCGGAACCGGAGAGCAGCAGCGGGUUCCCGGGCUUCGGUUUCGGCGAGGGGUUCCACAUGUCCUUCGGCAUCGGAGUCUUCCCCUUCACCUCCACAUUCAACUUCGGCGACCCUAGGCCCAGCGCCGCGCCUCGCGGCACGGCCCAGUACGAGGAGGAGCAGUUCCUGUCCAAGAUCUUCCUGUGGGUGGCGAUCCUGUUCGUGCUGUGGCUCAUCUUCGCGUGA